UCCUGACAACACCUGUAUGCACUAGCAUUCUCGGAAGCGUGAUUUUCUUAGUUAGACCUAACAAAAUGGACCUGCUCCAGACACUGGGACCACAGGCAUUUGAGGUGACUUUCUUCCUCUCCUUCCUGUUGCUGCUGUACUCAGCCCUAAACCUACAGAUGCUGAUGUCUCUGGUAUUCUUUUCCCUGGUCUACUACACGUACCGGGUCAUCGGAAGGAGAACUGCCAAAUAUGCAGUGCCUACAGACAAAUAUGUUCUCAUCACCGGCUGUGACACAGGUAUUGGUCACAGCUUGGCUAUAACGUUAGAUGACAUCGGGUUCAGUGUGAUAGCCACAUGUCUGCGAGGAGAGGGAGAAGGUGCAAAGCAGCUGAGAAAGGCGGGGUCCAAACGAAUGCAUGUAUUGGAGGUGGACAUCUCAAGUGAUGAAAGUGUCGCAAACAGUCUGAAAUAUGUCGAGAACGAAUGCAAAAUGACAGGAUUGUGGGCUCUCGUCAACAACGCUGGAAUAAACUUUCUGGGCGAUGUAGAGCUUGCUACCAUGAAACAGUACAGCCACAUUAACAACGUCAAUAAUUUUGGUCCUCUAAGGAUGUCAAAAGCGUUCCUUCCUCUUAUACGAAAGGCAAGAGGUCGCAUAGUGAAUGUAACCAGCGUCAAGGGUAGGUUCGCCUUGCCGUCCAACGCUGCCUACAGUAUGACCAAAUGGGCAGGAGAAAAUUUCUCAGACACUCUCAGACUGGAAAUGAAGAGGUUCGGGGUCAAGGUCAUUAUCAUGGAACCAGGUCAUUUUGGUGGGGCCACAGGGUGUCUUAACAAAGACGGGCCAGUUGUCUACGACAGAGCGCCUGUCAAGUUAACGUGA